GCCAAACACCACAACAAAAAACCCAAAAGACACAGAUCUUAAAAAGACAGAUCUUAACUUACAGACAAAAACAAAAACACAGAGAUGGGUUUGGUUACAGAAGAAGUGAGAGCUAGGGCAGAGAAAUACACAGGAGAUGAGUUAUGCCGCGAGAAGACGAAAGAGUUCCUCAAAGAAGUUUCUAUGCCUAAUGGGUUACUGCCAUUGAAGGACAUAGAAGAGGUUGGGUACGACAGAGAAACAGGUGUUGUGUGGCUGAAGCAGAAGAAGAGCAUCACCCACAAGUUUGAAGCCAUUGGAAAACUUGUCUCUUACGGCACUGAAGUCACCGCGGUGGUGGAAGUUGGAAAGAUCAAGAAGCUUACCGGUGUGAAGGCCAAGGAGCUUCUUAUUUGGGUCACUCUCAAUGAGCUUGCCUUGGAGCAGCCAAUUUCUUCAGGGAAGAUCAAUUUCAGGACACCUACCGGUCUGUCCAGAACUUUCCCGGUUUCAGCUUUUGUGGUUCCUGAGGUUGAGAAGCCUGCACUGGACAAGAACAAUGGAACCACUGAGGUUAAAGAAGCUCUUAAUGCUUAAUUACUUAAACCUCUCUCUCUCUUACUCAUUAUCUUAAUCAUGUAUUACUAUCUGCUCUUGCUGCUUAAUUUUCAAUAUUAAUAAGAUUUAAGAUCCUA